UGGCGGUGCUGAGGGAGCGUGGAGACCAUGCCCGGGGAGGCGGCGCCCUGCCGCGGCUCGGCGGGAUAGCGCGGGGCGCCUCGCGCCUUCCGCAGGCAGAGGCGGUAGCAGCCGGGCUUGUCUAACACUACCUUGAGCCAAAUUCCUAGACUGGUUGGUGCUUUCUCAUGGGAUCCCUGUGACUGACAAAGGAGAGAUUGUUGUGGACGGGACAGAGACAAUAAAUAUUUCCCAGUGAGAUGUUACUGCAGUAUAGUUGUGCUGCCGAAGAGGAAUUACCACAGUGAUACCAGUGAGCCUCUGAAAGUCCUGGGGAUCAGGGAACAAGUACUGCUCUGCAAUGACUACAGCAAGAUAUAGGCCUACCUGGGACUUGGUACUCGACCCAUUAGUGUCCUGUAAACUCUGCCUCGGCGAGUAUCCCGUGGAGCAGAUGACAACAAUAGCACAAUGCCAAUGCAUCUUCUGUACCCUGUGCCUAAAACAGUAUGUGGAACUUUUGAUCAAAGAAGGUCUAGAAACAGCAAUCAGCUGCCCUGAUGCUGCCUGCCCAAAGCGAGGUCAUCUGCAAGAAAAUGAGAUUGAGUGCAUGGUUGCAUCAGAAAUCAUGCAAAGGUAUAAGAAGCUACAGUUUGAAAGAGAAGUGCUUUUGGAUCCGUGUCGGACUUGGUGUCCAUCUUCUACUUGCCAGGCAGUUUGCCAGCUCCAGGAACCAAGCCCACAGGACCCCCAGCUGGUCCAGUGUAAAGCCUGUGACAUUGAGUUCUGCUCUGCUUGCAAAUCUAAUUGGCAUCCAGGUCAAGGCUGUCAAGAGAACAUGCCAAUAUCUUUUCUUCCAGGAGAAACAAGUUCAGUUUUUAAAAUGGAAGAAGAUGAUGCUCCAAUCAAACGCUGUCCAAAAUGUAAAGUUUACAUUGAACGAGAUGAAGGCUGUGCCCAAAUGAUGUGUAAGAACUGCAAACAUGCCUUUUGCUGGUACUGUCUGGAAUCUCUUGAUGAUGAUUUUCUUCUUAUACAUUAUGACAAAGGACCUUGUCGAAAUAAGUUGGGACACUCCAGGGCAUCUGUUAUCUGGCACAGAACACAGGUGGUAGGAAUUUUUGCAGGAUUUGGUCUUCUACUUUUGGUGGCCUCCCCUUUCCUUCUACUUGCUACACCAUUUGUUCUGUGCUGCAAGUGCAAAUGUAAUAAAGGAGAUGAUGACCCUCUACCUACCUAACCUGAGAAGACUGGACUCAUCACACGUGUUUUGAUUUUAUUGUUGCUGUUGAUGUUUUCCUCUUGCACUUACAUUGCUGUAGCCUUACUUGCCCCAUUCUGCUUUUCAUUGACAUACAGUCUUGGUUCCAGGAACUGUUGUUUCUACUGUUGCAUAGAUCAAUUGAGAACAGACAAGGAAGUUAAUGGAAGGCAAGUUUGGUGCUAAAGGGAGACCAUGGACCCAGGUAGCUAUCUGAAAUGAAGAGAUGAUACGGCUAAAAAUGAUGCAAAAAGUUUCUGCUGCCCUGCUGGUGGACUGGGAACUGUGCUGAAUGACAUCAGCAAAACAAUCUAAAAAGCAUACAAAUAUAAACUUUCUGCAUAUCCGUUUACUUCAAAAUUUGGUGUCUUAUUCCUGUAUAUAUUUAAGUUGCCUAUGAUUUAAAUCAGAUAGUCAACUUAGUGUGAUUUUUGCCAUGCUUUUGUUAAAGCCAUCACAAUGUCCUUUUUAGUACCUAUUUUUCCAAGUAUAAUAAAAUCAGUAAGGUGCAUAUAGGCCAUCCUAUGCCUUUCUUGAAAUUUGGGGAGGAUUAGAAGGACAGAGUUGGUCCUGUUGCCUUCCCGGAAUUUUUUGAAGUCUUAUAAGAAAUUUGUUUGAUUGAAAGCUACAUUUUAAAAAAUGAGUUGAUGAAGCUGUAAGGUUGAUUGGUGACACAAACCCACUCUCUAAUCAAGGUUCUUUUAAAAAAGCAUUGAUGGUUGAUUACCACUGGACCACUAGUGUUUUUUCUGAAUUGUUAUUUUAUGCUGUUGUUUAGGGUUCUGCUAUACUUACAGGGCUAUGUAACUUCUAAUCCAGGUAUCUUAAUCUUUUUAUAUAUAUAUACACAUAUAUAUAUAAAAUCCUAUUUAAACCAAAUAUGUAAAUAGCUGGGCUAUUGAAAUAUUUUGGAAUUUCAAGAUAGCUUGGUUCUGUCUUUAGGGCAAUUACUAAAAAAUACAGGACUAAUUUUACUAUUCAGCAGACUCUUGGGUUAUCAGUCUUUCCUUUUAAGUAUAAAAAUACAUUAGGAUUAUCCCUGCACUUAGUAAUAACAAUGCCUGGGAUAUUUGUGGAAGUUGUACUUUACAUUUAAACUACUUAGCCCAUUUUCAGAGUUAAUAUGAUAUGAUGUGUGGUGUGUGAUGUUAAUAACAAUGCUCUGACAAAACAAGUUUUCAUUUGAAUACUCUUUUGAUUUGAUAAUUUUGUGGAAUUCACAGUACAGUGUUUCUAGGGUAAUAAAGCAUGCUAGUCAAGAUACUGUUAAUCAACUAGUUUCUCAUUAGAAGUAUUUUGUUGAAAACCAUUUUGGUCUGAUUUUAAAGCCUACAGGAAUUUGAUUAAUAACUUCUUGCCAUGAAAUAUGAAGCAUCUGAAAAAAUGGGUAUGUCUGUGUGUAGUGCUGAAGGAAAACAUUGUUUUGAAUGGCGUAUGGACUGAAGUUUGACAGUGUUUUUUUCAUCAUCAUUUAUUUCUGUGCAUUAUUAAUGUACUGAGAUGGAUGAAUAUGUUCAAGCCAGGAUAUUUUUGCCCCUAAAAUGUAUUAAGACCCUUAAAUGCAACUGCUUCUUGCUGCUGUCGCAGGCUGGGAAUGUUUUCAUUGCUCAAGCAUAAGGAGAUUACUAAUUUCUUAAAUAUCUUUCAUUUUAUACUGUCCAUCCGUUAAAUAAAAAGUCUGGGGUACAAUUUUGAAAGGGGCCACUGUCUUUUUAUAAAGCUAUUCUUGAAUUUCUCCUCCUCCCCUUGUUCCAAGUUUAAUGUUAUCCAAAUUCAAACUGUAUCAAACCACAGAUUUUAGCUCUGGUAGCUGGAGAUUAUUUGCAAUUUGCUUACUUAUUUUAAUGAGUUCAGCCAUUAAAAUAUGAAGAAGGAUAGCUGGUUAUCAGCAAGUCUGAACUUUUGAUAGCUUCAGAUUGUUUAUGGCAAUGCACAGUUUAGAUCUUUACUUGCAAUACCUGCUUUUGUUAUCUCAGUACUUUUAGUGUUUUAGCUAUCUUUGUUAUUAAAAAUUGCUUAGUUGUUCUAAAAUACCUGAAGGGAAGUCUGGGUGGUGCAUUUGAUCGCUGAUUGCCGGCCAUCGAGGGACAUCUGAAGCACUGCUGGGUUCAGGGGGCAGUGAAGUGGUUAUCUCUGGCCCUGGCAGCAGCUCAGUCCAUGUCCCCAGCAGUGCCCUGAGCCAAGCACCUGCCUUGUCCUGGGCUUAUAGCUUCAGUGUGCAGAAGCAGUGGAAACCCUUCUGUGAAGGACACCUUCCUGCAGGUAAGCUUGAACUGUGGCCUUUCAUCCUUGGCCCUGUAAUUCUAUUUAACUGGAGGAAAACAAAACCCAAACAAACAAACAAAAAACCCCUCAGCUGGACAACAGAAGGUAAAGAUUUCAUGGAUUGUUAAUUAUCUAAUUGGGAGCAUUAAGGGAUUUUACUAUAUGUGGCAGUGGCUCUAAUGACUGAUUCUACUGCUGGGAUGAUAGUUAAACAGCAGAGGUGCAGCAGCCUGUUAACUGUACCAGCGUGCCCUGGUGUGAGAUUUAUUUUCUCUGUGCCUUUCUUAGGGACUGCCUUUGUGUGGCACUGAAGCAAAACCUGAGGUUUCCAUCAUACUGUUAAUAGUCAAUGUCAAAGUUAAUGAAUUUCCAGAUUUAAAAGAAAAAGGAUAGAAAAAGAGGGCCUUUACACAUACAGACAUUUUAAAAUGAUAGUUUAUAAUUGAUACAGCUAACAUAUAUAGUCAGAAAACUGUACUUCUGUCAGUGAAUCUCUGUAAUCACAACAUACUUGAAUUGCUACUGGAGAUUUUUCUGACAUAUCUCUUCUUUCACAUCCUGGCUGUUGGGAUAUAUUACAUGCCUACAUAUACUUACCAUAUACCUAAUCCUUUCAGAUUUGCUCAAUGUCAUUCCAUCUAUAUUCUUCUUGGGGAUUUUAAUUUUUUUUAAUUUUUUUUUUAAUGCUGUUUUGUUUCCAAAGUAGAAACAUUUCACAGUGGUGUGUUGAGUUUGGGGCAUUUUUAUGUUACAGCUUAUGUUGAUGGUGUGACAUUUAAUAUGGAAAAAUGAAUGACUCUGCUGCUUUUUAGGUGGAAUUCUAUUAUAACAGCUUUGGCUUUUUAGAUUUUCACUAGCAAAAUAAGAUUAACUGCAUGAGUUCUGUUGCAUUUUUAUGGUUAUGCCAUUAUUUAGGCUUUUUGCAUUGUCUUAAAAGCUGAUUUUAAUGGAGUUUGUAACAGUACAUCAUUUGCAUGUUUUGCUGGGGUGAAGUGGUGUCCUUUCUAGUGAGCAUGGGACUGAGUGUGGAGUCCAAAUUCCAGAGGCUUUGCAGUCCCCCUAAACUUGCCAUUCAUUAGCUGAGCUGAAGUCAGUCCUGAGAGAGAUCAGGACCACAGCCUGCUCUGACUUCAAUGGCAGUCGUGUUGGUUUUUCCACACAUGACAUUAGACAAGUCACUUAUCUCCUCUUAUCUUAAUUUAACCAUCUUUGAAAUGGAUGGACCAAUGUUUACCUACCUCACAGGAAGGCUGUGAGAGCAAACUUAUUGAUUUUGAGGCUGUUCAAGAUUCUGUGAUGAAAGAUUAUCUAUACAUUUUUACUGUACUUUUAUGUUAAUAUGUCAUUUCUAUUCGUGUUGGCAUUCAUCCUGAAGCCUCCUGUUACUGACUUUAUAAUGCCAAGAGUUUGAGAUGCUUUCCCCCCAUGCACCAAGCAGUAUGAUCUUUCCUCAAAUACUCUGGCUUAUGAAUUAGGCAAAAUCCCUAAUAAGUGCUGACUGGAUCAACUCACAUUUUACAGCUGAUCUCCUCACAUGUAGGAAACACAAUCAAAAUUGUGAAAAGCUCUCUUGUCUAUGGAGCUGACAGCAUAAAAUAUUCAUAGAUCAGAAAAAGAUUAUUUAAAAUUGUUACAGAAAGGAAAACAAAAGUUAAGUUCGUGAAUUUCAUCUGUAGGUCUUUUACUUUAGAGGAAUAAAUAUAGACCACUCUCUCCCAGUGAAGUGCAGCAUGCAUAAAGCUUUGUGCAAGUUUGUUUUUUUUAAAACCAGAGUUUGUACAUUUCACAUCCAUAAUCUAAAAUCCUGAGCAAAACUGGUAGAAUAUGGUGGUUUAUGACCAUGAUAAUAAAGACAUCAAAAAAGCCUGCAUCGGUGCUUAAUUGCUAAUGCACUUAUAGUAAGGCAUGCUGUUUGUGUUUAGAGCCCUGUGGUCUUCAUUAUUGCUUUGAUUUGUAUCUCAAGAAUUCCAGGAAUAUUAGGUACAGGUACAUGGUACAUGACUGAACCUUUCUUGAUCAUUUCAUCAUGGAUGUAUUUUAAACUUGUAUAGGGAUAAGCAUGAAGAAGUCAUGCAUAUGUAUAAAUAAUGUAUUUGGCCAGUGUAAAAAUAGUUCUGUUGGUGUAAGUACAUUUUGUGCCACUAACACUGUGAUGUAUAAAAGAGCUGUUGAAUGCCUUUUAAUGUUGUGUUUUGUACUUUGAAUCAUAUUGAAGAGUUUAAUUUGUAAUUUCAAUAGAUAUUUUAAAUGAA